UGUACUUAUGAUAAUUAUGAUUAUUAUAAUAUCACUUUUGAAGAUUUUAGGAAUAUUAAGAAAUUAUUUGACUUUUCGAAGGAUUAUGAUAUGCUUAAAGAAUAUAUUAGUAAAGGUAAUAGGUUUUGUAAUAAGGAUUUUUACGAUUAUGUAAUUCCAUAUAUCAUAACAUAUAACUUGUUCAAAAGCCAGUGUAAAAAUGGAAACAGGGGGGAAGCGACUUGUAGUGCUUUUUAUAAUUAUUUUAAUGAUAAGACUGAAGAAGACUUAUCUCAAUGGACAUUCACUUUAGAUAAAAGAAAUACUAAUAAUGUAACCCAAAAGGAAGCACACGGAAGAGUAUCACAGCCAAAUGUACAAGGAAUAAACAUAGUAGAGGAACAUAAAAGCGAAAAGAUAUUAGGUCAUGAAAUAAAUACAAACCCAUACAUAUAUCAAAGCGUAUACGAAAGUACAGAAAUAAAACAUUUAAAUGAUCAACAAUCAGAGGAUUUUUAUUCGGUACAUAGGACACAAGAAUUGAGAGCCCAUAUUGAUAUGUCAGUUAGUCCUUCAGGUUCAACCUCAAAAAGUUUGGUAAUUCCUCCAUUAGCCAUAGGAAUUACAGUUUUUUCUAUUAUAUUGUGCAAAUUUACUCCAAUAGGAUAUUGGUUAAAAAAAGCCUUAGUAGGAAAAUCUAAAACAAAACGUAAUAUUAUAAUGGAUAGUAAUAUAGAAGUGGAUUAUUCGAUGUAUAAAAAUUUAGAAUCACCGAGAAGAUUUAAUUUAUCAUACAGAAAUAUAUAA